CCUGCAGGACCAUCCUACAGGAUAACUCUUCGGAAACGAAAUCUUAAACAAAACAACGAACUACAGGAUAUCAGUUUCAACUACGUUCCUGGGAAAGAUUCGGCGGACGUUUUGGCUCGGGAGUUGGUUGAAGCUGAUCUUCUUGAUGGUUGUGAUCUACUCCUGGUGGCACAUAAUAUGAGCGAGUUAAUCAGCAAUCCCGCUGCCCGUGAACGUGUGUUCCCGCUGAAUUCACCGCCUGCUCCGGGUCAGGUUCCCGUUGAAUCGGAGUUACACGGAUAUGCCAAAGUACUCAUUCGUCUUGUGGGUUCGCCGGUCCCAUGA